AGACUCUCAGUAUGAUUUAUAACUGCAACUCAUUUGGAUUGCAGACGUGACUCGGGUCAAGAUGAAGAUCUUGUUUUCACUGACUUUAAUUGUCUUGGUCCUCGAUUACAAUGAAGCUGAUAUUACCUAUCUCAAUGGAGAGUCAGGUGUCUCAUGCGGUGAACAUCGAUGUUUGAAAGAUCAAGCCGAGUGCGUGGAUCAGAAAUGUGUUUGUUUCAGUGGUCAUGGCAACGGGAAUUUCGCCUGCUACAACUCAAGCAAUGAUGAGGUCUAUGCUGAGAUCAAGAAUGACCCAAUUAUCGUUACAUUCGCCCAUGAGAGAGUCGCGGCUCACAUGCCAUGCCGCGCCUUGUUUACUCACCUCCACAGUUAUUUCCAAGGAACAGAUGGAACACAGCAUAUUGGAUCAUGUGAGAUCAAGGUGUUCACUUUUGCUUUUAAGAUCCGUGGCAAAUUCUACCUUCAAGGCUUUGACCUUCUAAUGUCUAUUAUUUUGUGGGAAACAUGGCAGAAAAAAGAUAUAUCAAUCAGGAUUGAGGGCAGCGCUAAGGACGGAACAUUCACGUUUUUAGAAUCAGGAAAAGAUAAUGUAGACGUCGCUUCGGACUGGGGACCUCCGGAAAAAGUUAAUGCAUUUGGACAGAAAAUUCGAACUUAUUACGACGGCGACAAUAAUCUGGCAAUCAUCGACGUGGCCAGGUGUGGCUUGAGAAUACAGUUCAGACCAACUGAUGUCGAUCAUGGCAAGGAUCAGACUCAGAUUCCGGGACUUUCCGUAGCGCUUGUACAGAACAAUGUUGCCCAAUGGCUUUCGAGAAAUAUAGUUCUGGCUCUUCCACCUUUUCACAUCGGACCAACACUUGGAGAAAUAUCCAACCAGUUCAAUGUUGCCCCAAGUGAAGCCAUCCUGGCAAGAUUUUUAGAGGGAGCAGCAGAUCAAAAUUUCCCAGGUGCCCCUUCCCAGUGUGGUCAUCUCAUUACCACAGCUUCCGACUGUAUGGUUAGAGAAAGUCGUAAAGAAGCGCUGGAGCUCUGCUCGUCCCUUCUAAUGCUGCCUAAGUUCGUCCGCUGCUUCACGAACAAAACCCUGGAGCACGAGACUGACAGUGUGCUGGAGCUCUUCGGAGCCUGCCUGAACGCGUUGUGCCACAGAAUCACCCCGGAGUGCCUCCUAGUGCAAGACAGGAUCACCAGCAGCCAUUGCGUGGACGAUACUGUGCCGGAACUCACAGGGUUCAACUGCCAGUUUUAACGUCGAGUGACAAUGGACAACUUAUAUCUCAACACAUUUCAAAGAUAUAUUCUACUAAUUCAGUAAUACUAAAUGACGUCCACAAAAUGAAGUAGGCUAUUUUGGAGAAUUUCGCCGCACCGAUUAUCAUUAAAAUAAAUGACAUUCAACUAAUAAAUAAAAC